UAGAUCUAAUACAUGGUUGAACUUUUACUUUCUGAAGCUGGAUUUAUUGUUAGGCCUAUUGCUGUUUAUUCUUAUGAAGUAAAUAGGACUUUUAUUUUGACGAAAUCAAUUGAAUACAUGCAGCUGGAAGUCCGCUCAUUUGACGUACUGGCAGCUCCGCCUGCAGGAGCGUUUUAAAUUCCAUUCAUCGUGUAGUAGCCUACCUGUUUCAAUAUUCUUUGCUAGAUGGAGGUCCAGUCACUUGUAGAUUUCAGGGGUGUCAAACUCAGGCAGUGGUUAGAUUUGUUCGAAUGAGGCCUCGUGGGGACCGUCAUUCAUGGAGCGUUGACUAUGUAGCCCGGCGUGCCGAAAAUUGCUAUAAAAAGGACCUAAGAGAUUUGCCUGAAAACAUCAAGGACAAAGUAGUGCGCAUUAUGAGCCUCCGUGGAACACUUACCGACUCCAAUAUCAGCCAGGUGUUGCAUUCAGGAAUAAAAACACUUGACUUGCACAACUGCAGGCUUUCUGACGUGGCAUUGCAAAAAAUCUCCUGCUGGCAUUUAAAUCGAAUAUGCCUCUCCAACUCUACAGAAAUUACAUCAAGAGGCUUAGGAGCGCUUGCAUCCUCCUGUCCAAACCUGAAAUGGGUAGACCUGUCUGGCUGUGUGUCGGUGACAGAUUCAGGUGUCCAGAUCCUGGCACGCUGCUGCACAGGACUGGAAGUUAUCUGUCUUGUGGGCUGCACAGCUCUAAGUGACAAAGCCAUUCAAGAGCUAGGAGCUAACUGCCAUAUGCUCCACACAGUUUCUAUCUCAGACACCUUGUUUACAGAUGCGGGUGUCAUCAGCCUUGCAACAGGAUUGUGCUCCAACAGUUUGAAGGAAAUCCAUAUGUCAAGAUGUACAAAGCUGACAGACGAGGCAGUGAUUUUUGUUCUCACAAAUUGCACCAAGAUCAGAACAUUUGUCUUCCAUGGAUGUCCACUAAUUACAGAUCGGUCCAGAGAGGCCCUACAAACCCACACUGGUAGGGACAAGAUAAAACAUGUGACCUGGACAAUUUACUGAGGAAACAUCCAUGUGCUACAAUAUUGUUCAUCAGUUCCCCUUUCUGACUUCUGAGUUCAACUUCAACAUGUGAAGACGUGCCGUUUGUGUGCAUUCCAUAGUGGGAAUACUAUACAUAAUGGUGACUUGUGUUCAUUUUUAAAUAUGCAUGGUAAUUUUUGAUUGUGCACUGUUCUCAUUAGGAGCAUUAUUUAUUUGAAGCUUUUAUUGACAUGAUUUAUGUAAUUUAAACAUUUAUUGUGUAACAUAAACACAUGUAUAUCCUCUGU